UUUGUGAGAGUUCAGUUCGUAGGAAAAAAUCAUUCAUUUAAUUCAAAUUGAUUUUUUAAAUCAGUGCUAAUAAUUGAUCUGUAGUAUUAAGUGACACAAUAAAAUUAAUGGAUCACGAUGCGGUUUUAAAGGAACUCAGUUUUGGGAAAUAUCAAGUGAAAAUUUUGUUGUUGAUAUUUUUUCCAGUUCUAUUUGCAGCUGCUAAUACAGUAACUUAUAUAUUUAUUGCGCGAGCACCACCUUAUAGAUGCUUUGUUGAUCAAUGUGAACAGUUCGAAAAUGCUAAAUAUGAUCAAGAUUGGUUGCAGCACGCUGUACCGGGUUCAAUAUCAAAUGGUAAAUUCGAACCUGAUGGAUGUUUCAAAUAUAAUUUUAACGAUACAGGAUUAAUUACAAAUAAUACUUGCGUCGCUAAUUUGUUCGGUAAAAAUAAAACAAAGUGCAAUAAGUGGAUAUUUGAUGAAAAUGAAGUCACAAUGAUAAAUGACUGGCCUAGUGAAAUGACGUGUAAUGAAAAUGAAUGGAAGCUUGCCUUAAUUGGAACCUCAAAUUUUGCUGGAGUUAUGGUUGGAUCUGCAGUAUUUGGAUUUAUUGCAGAUUCAUACGGAAGACGAGCUAGUUUCAUUUCAUCUUUAGUUUUUAUGUCAUUAACUGGAAUUGGACAGGCACUGUCCCCAUCCUAUGCGAUGUUAAUGAUAUUUACACUUUUAAAUGCCGCCGGAUCAAUCGGAGUUUACUAUUCAACAUUUGUUCUGAUCAUUGAAAUGCUAGACAAAGAAAAACGCGAGAUUUCUUCAGUUUUCAUAAAUUACUCUUGGGCUGUUGGUGCAGUAAUGGCAGGUGCAAUUGUAUAUUUUGAUAGUAAUUGGAGGCAUUUAACAUUGUGGAUAGCAGCUCCACCAAUUAUUUUCAUUUUUGAGUAUUGGUUCGUUCCUGAAUCUUUACGCUGGCUUAUAUCGAAAAAAUCUUAUGGACAAGCAUACAUAAUAGUUCAAAAAGCGGCUAAGGACAAUAAGAAAGAACUUUCAGCCAGCUUUAUUAAUCAAUUUGAAACACAAAAUGGCUGUAAAGCUUCAGAAGUUCAAGAAUCUCAAAUACUUGAACAUCGAUCAAACACAAACUACUUGGAACUUCUAAGAUCUAAAAAGCUUUUGAUCCGCGUUCUUGUUCUCUGCUUUAUAUGGAGCACUAAUACACUAGUAUUUUAUGGACUAUCUCUUUAUUCUAUCAGUUUGAGUGGAAACAUUUACUUCAACUUUAUAUUUGGAAGCCUGAUAGAAAUUCCAGGAACAACCAUAGCUUGGAUUUCAAUGAACAAAAUUGGUCGUCGAUAUCCAUUAGUGAUAUCAUUUUUAAUCUGUGGAAUUGGAAGUAUUUUUGGAGCUUUUGUUGAUGCUGAGGUUGUGUGGCUUCAAGUUUUUUCGUUUCUAAUCAGCAAAAUGGCGAUAUCAACAACUUUUACCAUUGCGUGCGUUUAUACUGCUGAGAUGAUGCCAACAAACACAAGAAGUGGAUGCAUUGGAGCAUUCUCAACAAUAUCACGUCUAUCAUCUCUUCUUGCUCCGUUUGUUCCACUACUUAAAAAUUACUACAGCUUCCUUCCGUUGCUGGUUUUUGGAUCUUUUCCAUUAGCAGCUGGAUGUCUUUCUCUGUUACUUCCAGAAACUCUAGGUUCUAGCUUACCUGACACAAUUAUUGAAGCUGAAAAUAUCGGAAAAUGAUUAGUCACUUUUAU